CCGCCCCUCCGGGUUGCUAGGGGAAGUGACGUCACAGCGCCAUGGCGGCGGCUCCUUCAGGCAGCUGAAGGGGGAUUUAGGCCCGGAAGAUCCGAGUCCAUCCGCGGCGGGGAGAGGGCGACCGGGGCCGGCAGGGCCCGGAGCAGGGGCGGCGGCGCUCGGACUGUCCCAUCCGCCCCGUAUUGAGGCGCUGGGAGCGGCGGGGUGGCCGGAAAGCGAUGGUGAAAUUGGGGCCGUGAGGGGGGCGGAGCCGGCAGCCGGACCCGCAGUAGCGGCAGCAGCGGCGCCGCCUCCCGGAGCUCAGACCCAGGAAGCGGCCGGGAGGGCAGGAGCGAGCCGGGCCGCGCCGCCAUGGAGCUGAGGGUCGGGAACAGGUACCGGCUGGGCCGGAAGAUCGGCAGCGGCUCCUUCGGAGACAUCUAUCUCGGUACGGACAUUGCUGCAGGAGAAGAAGUUGCCAUCAAGCUUGAAUGUGUCAAGACCAAACAUCCUCAGCUCCACAUUGAGAGCAAAAUCUACAAAAUGAUGCAGGGAGGAGUGGGCAUCCCCACCAUCAGGUGGUGUGGAGCCGAGGGGGACUACAACGUCAUGGUGAUGGAGCUGCUGGGGCCCAGCCUGGAAGACCUCUUCAACUUCUGCUCCAGGAAGUUCAGUCUCAAGACGGUUCUGCUGCUGGCCGACCAGAUGAUUAGUCGUAUCGAAUACAUUCAUUCAAAGAACUUCAUCCACCGAGAUGUGAAGCCAGACAAUUUUCUCAUGGGGCUGGGGAAGAAGGGUAACCUCGUCUAUGUCAUCGACUUUGGGCUGGCCAAGAAGUACCGGGACGCGAGGACCCACCAGCACAUCCCCUACCGGGAGAACAAAAACCUCACAGGGACGGCGCGGUACGCCUCCAUCAACACCCACCUCGGCAUUGAGCAAUCUCGAAGAGACGACUUGGAGUCUCUGGGUUAUGUGCUGAUGUACUUCAACCUGGGCUCUCUCCCCUGGCAGGGGCUGAAGGCUGCCACCAAGAGGCAGAAAUAUGAAAGGAUUAGUGAGAAGAAAAUGUCCACUCCCAUUGAAGUGUUAUGCAAAGGCUAUCCUUCUGAAUUUGCCACAUACCUGAAUUUUUGCCGUUCCUUGCGUUUUGAUGAUAAACCUGACUACUCAUACCUGAGGCAGCUCUUCAGGAAUCUGUUCCACCGCCAGGGCUUCUCCUACGACUACGUGUUUGACUGGAACAUGCUCAAGUUUGGCGCCAGCCGUGCUGCCGAUGAUGCCGAGCGGGAACGGCGGGAUCGAGAGGAGCGGCUGAGACACUCCCGGAAUCCAGCCACCCGGGGACUCCCUUCCACUGCCUCUGGCCGCCUGCGGGGCACCCAGGAAGUGGCUCCCCCCACACCCCUCACCCCUACCUCACACACGGCUAACACCUCUCCUCGGCCCGUGUCCGGCAUGGAAAGAGAGCGGAAAGUGAGUAUGCGGCUGCACCGUGGGGCCCCAGUCAACAUCUCCUCGUCCGAUCUCACGGGCCGACAAGAUACCUCUCGCAUGUCCACCUCACAGAAUAGCAUUCCUUUCGAACACCACGGCAAGUAGCUGCUCGUCUCCCGUCGGAAGGCGGCACUGGAUUCCCGGUCGGGUGGCUUCCAGUGGUCUUCAGUCUGUCGUGCACCGAUGAGAACUCUCCUUCUUGCUGUGAAGGGCAGACAAUGCAUGGCUGAUCUACUCUGUUACCAAUGGCUUUACUAGUGACGCGCCCCCCGGUCUAGAACCGAAGUGUUAACCGGGAGCUCUGCAGGCCACUCACCCAGCGACGCUCAUGGGGGAAACAAAAUACAAACUAAACGGACAGACUCCAAGAGCUGCCAUCACCGGGGCUGCCACCGAGGCCCCCCACGGGAACUGAGUUGUGACGGGGCUGGGAAGAAAGCAGUGAGAGACGGUUGCAGAGAGACUCAGACUCCCUUGCAAGAGCUGUCAGCCCCUCCAGUGGUGGUAACCUGUGCUCCCUGACGAUUCCACUGUAACUACCAGUCUUCUACUUGGUUAAGACAGUUUUGUAUCAUUUUGCUAAAAAUUAUUGGCUUAAAUCUGUGUAAAGAAAUCUGUCUUUUUAUUGUUUC